AUGGCUUCAACUGAUCCAGAAGAUAUUUUGAGUCCGCGGAAAAGGAAACGAAGAGUUCCGGAAAAUGGUCCUUAUGUUCUACGCAGCCUGAUUGAGGACCUGCCCUUGUCUGCAGAUGGGGAUAGAACGGAUAUUGAGAUUAAUUGUGUGGAAUUCUUAGAUCGGAAUCUAUAUAUUGGAACUUCGGCCUCUGAAAUCCUUCAUUUCGUACAGAUUCCCCCGGAUCCUGCCGAUAUCUCAGGAAAGCCCUCUUAUAUUUUAGCCUCGAGACUACCUCCUGCCUACCAUGAGCUAUCUACCCGAGAAAGACCUGGUGUCCAACAGAUUCUACUGCUUCCUAAAGUCAACAAAGCUUGUAUAUUGUGCAACUGGACAGUUACCUUCUAUUCCUUGCCAGAAUUAAGCCCAGUAUUCGGGACAACACAGAUUAGGCCUUGCAACUGGAUUGGUGGCAUAGAUUUGAAUACAGAUAUCAUAACCCCUGACCAAGAUGGCGGAGGCGUUACAGUGCUUGUUUCGCUAAACAAGAAGAUGAGAGUUGUGAGAAUUGGGGAAGAUCCUCGACCUGUGAGGAAAAUAGAUUUUGCUGGAAGCACUAUAUCCAUUCGCCGUGAUUCUUAUGCUUGUGUCGCAGAUUCCAAGUCGUACGCUUUACUUGAUGUCGAUCGUCAAUUGAAGAUACCCCUCUUUCCUAUAUCGUCCUCAGAUGAUUCCGAAUCGGGUAAUGUGGGUGGGCAGGUCGAGGAUAUAUCUGGUAAUAGUGGGGGUGGACUUUCACGAAAUACAUCACUGACUCAUACGGGCUCAUCUGAUGACCGAACUCACGGAAGAGGUACAAGUCUUGGUGCUUCCAAAGCCGGUGCGCGGCGAGACAGUCUACGAGCUGCAAGCGGAGAUCGUUCUGGACGAGGUACCCCUGAUCCCUUGUUCCGAGAGGCUUCACCUGUAGUAACGGCCGGUCCGUCGGACUCUACGGAAGGCGAACCUAGCCCUGAGAAGCCCUUACCACCUCCACCAGCCGAACCCUCAGUGGCCGACGCUCAGGCUCCUACAUCUUCUACCGCACCUGUAUACUUAAAGCCCCAUAUAGUUUCACCCUCCCCGCAGGAGUUCCUUCUAGUCACAGGCACCGGUCCACGUGAUCAUGGAGUUGGCAUGUUUGUAAACCUGGAGGGUGACGUUACUAGGUCAACAUUAGACUUUGCAAAGUAUCCUGACGAGAUUGUUGUGGAUGGUCGUGGUGUGGAUGUCGAGCCUGUCCCUAAUACAAUGGAAGAUGAGGAGGAAGGAUAUGUGCUUGCUUCCAUGGCAUUUGAAGAUGGCGAUGUGCUACGACACGGGAUUGAAAUUCAACGAUGGGACUUGGAUCCUGGGGAGGAUGCUAUACAGAAGUUUUGGUUGGAAGUGCCACCAUCUGAUGCAGUGAGUGAUGAUGAAGCAGGACACAAGAUUGGAUUAAGAACAGUAAUUCAGCCUGGGGAUAUUUAUUUUGAUGAUGUGGUCGACAAACUUCGGCUAAAGCGUUUUCAACCUUUCGCACUGAAAUCUCUGAACACAUCCACUCUAUCUCUGAAGAGCACAGAUUCUCCAACGGCAAUUUCACUACAGAGAGUUUCAGGCGAGAGGGAACUUUUUGAAGAAUCGCUCUCGCCAGGCUGGGAAGCCCGUCGCAACGAAGAGGAGCAACAAUUUGCUCAGAGACUGGGAAAAUCACGAGCACGCGUCGUUACUUGGUCCGGAAAAAAUGUAUGGUGGGCAAUUCGGAAUCCACUUGCCCUCCGUCUUGAUGCGGAACUUGGUUUGGAGACUGGGGAUGAAGGAAUACCUUACCUCAACAGAAGGAAAGCCAUUGAAAUGAUGAAUUCUUUACGUGGUCAAGAAGCCAAGACAGAGACCGAAUUUGUUAGCUUAGGCUAUAUCCGACAGAAGAUUGGAUUUCUCAUUCUAAUAAGCCUGUUGACGGCCCCAGUGGAUGAAGCUACGGAGACCGAAUAUGGGGCUGCCGAAGAGGCUCUUCUAGAGGGUAGCCUUGACCCUAGGGUGGUUCUUGCUAUUGUUCCCAUUUUACGAAACGAGAUAAUUGAAGGGAAGACGGGUAUCUGGGUUCACGGUGGCUUAAAGGAGGCUGCAGACAACUUCAUAACAAACACAAAUGGAGUUUGGGAUAGCCAAAGUUCAAAGAAACAUAGCAUAAUGCCUGAACAAAUCCUUCGAUUUUUGAGAAGAUUCUUGCUCUCGUGGCGCAGAAAGAAAGGAUUCGGCAGCAUUUCGAAUGAAACUGAGGUUUUCAAAAGUGUUGAUGCUGCCCUCUUGAUUGUGUUACUACAAAUGGAUAUAUCAUCUCCUCGUGGACCAGCUAGAGCUAAAUCAAUCCGAGCAGAACUGAACAACCUGGUGGAUCAUGGUGUGGAUUGUUUUGAGCGAGCAAUAUCGCUGUUUCAAUUCUAUAACCGUUUAUACGUUCUCAGUCGUUUGUACCAAAGUAGAAAGAUGACUGAAGAAGUAUUAGGCACGUGGAAGAGGAUCGUCGAGGGAGAAGAAGAUGAAGGGGGAGAGCUCCUCGAUGGGGAGAACGAAGUACGAAAAUAUUUAAUCAAUGUUCGAAACCCUAAUCUUGUGCGGGAAUAUGGUGUUUGGCUGGCAUCUAGAAAUCCCAAACUCGGUGUUCAAGUCUUCGCGGAUGGGCAAAGUCGAGUUAGAUUUGAGCCCACACAAGCUCUCAAGAUAUUACGCGAGGGGGCGCCUGGUGCGGUGAAGGAUUUCCUCGAGUAUUUGGUUUUUUCAAAGCAUCAUUCAGAGUAUAUUAACGAACUUAUUGCAUAUUAUCUCGACAUAGUCACCACCAAAUUAGAGGAGUCACCCGAAGCUCGAGCGAUCCUCAUCCAAACCUAUGAGUCCUACCGAGCCCUCCGCCCACCCAAACCCACCUACCGCCAGUUCAUCACCGAAAACCCCCUCAACGAAGAAUGGUGGCACAGUCGUCUCCGUCUCCUCCAACUCCUAGGCGGCAGCCAAGGUUCCGCAUCCCAAUACGACGUCGCCGCCAUCCUCGCCCGCAUCGCACCAUACACCCAAGAACUCGUCCCGGAGAUCAUCAUCCUUGACGGCCGCCAAUCGCACCACGAAGAAGCGCUCCGUCUUUUGACCCACGGCCUCGGCGACUACGAUACAGCCAUAAAUUACUGUCUCCUCGGCGGCUCUAGCAUCUACCAUCCCAUCUCCGGCACGCUCUCCCCCGCAACCCUUCCCACGCGUUCCGAACAAGCCGCGCUCUUUCACUCACUCCUCGCUGAAUUCUUAAAAAUAGAUGAUCUCAGUAAUCGCGUCGAGCAAACUAGUUCCCUACUCGAGCGUUUUGGCGGCUGGUUUGAUGUGGGUGAUGUGUUGGGUAUGAUACCCGAUACGUGGAGUGUGGAGUUGGUGAGCGGGUUUCUGGUUAGUGCGCUGAGGUGCAUUGUGAGAGAGAGGAGUGAGACAAUGGUUGUCAAGGCGUUGAGUGGUGCGGAUAAUUUAAAGACGAGUGUGGUGCUGGUUGAUAGGGUGAGAGAGAUGGGUCCGAAAAUUGCGGUGGAGGCGGAAGGAGGGGGAUAG